AUGGCUUUCAAAAGGUUUGUGGAAGUUGGCCGACUGUGUAUUAUCAGCUACGGUGAGCAUGCUGACAAGAUCUGUGUUAUCGUGGAUAUCCAGGAUCAGGGUCAUGUUGUGAUUGAUGCCACGGCCGACUCCGGAGUCCCUCGUACGGUCAUCAACGUGAAGCGCUUGAAGUUGACGGACGUGGUCGUUAAGUUGCCUCGUGCUUGCAAAACGAGCGUCGUACGGAAAGCUCUUGAGGCGCAGCAGGCUGUGCAGCGUUUCCGGGAAACUGCAUGGGGUCAAAAGGUUGAAAAGCAACGAGUGCGUGCCCGGUUAACCGACUUUGAUCGGUUUCGCGUGAUGGUUGCAAGGAAGCGACGCAGCCAGCUCAUCAAACAUGAACUGGGACGACUCCGAUCUGAAACAAAGACUUCUGCGUCGUAG